AUGUCGCACGUCGUCGAGUUCGCACGGCAGCCGUCCAGCCAGAGCCUCAAGUCGGCGCUCGCAGCCGGUGCCACAGACGGCCGAAUCAGCCCAAGGCGGUCCCCGUCGCCACGCCUGCCUGACGAGGCGUCGCCCAGUGUCUUCCACGAUGACCCAGCAGCCGUGCCCGCGACGGACCUGCGGGUGCCCGGUGCGACUGGCGCUUCGACAACGGCCGCUGCUUCGACUGCUGCUUCGACUGCUUCGAGUCACACCGCUACUUCUGCACAGACAACGCCGCUGCUGCAGGCCCUGCUCGAGGCGCAAAAGUGCGUCGAGGCAAGACUCAAGCUGGCCGAGCAGGCGACCGAGGCCAAGCAGGUCCUCGACAGCACGCAGGACGCCGCAGAGCUCCUCGCUGGGAAGCAAGUUCACACGCUCAAGCAGCGCGUCUUUCAAUGGUUGUCCGAUCCAAACUCAUCCAAGUCGGCGUACUUGUGGUCCAUCUUUAUGAUGCUGCUCAUCGUCCUGUCGACGUUUACCUUUUGUCUGGGCACGGUCGAGGCGUUCAACUUGACGAGCGCGCAGCGGGAUGCCUGGUUUGGGCUGGAGACGUUUGUCAUUGUCGGGUUUUGCAUUGACUACUUUGCCCGCCUUGCGACCGCACCAAACCGCCUGGCGUUUGCUAUUCAGCCCAUGAACGUUAUCGACAUUCUGGCCAUUCUGCCGUACUUUGUCGACCUCAUCCUCGAGGCGGCGCUCGGCAGCGGCCAGAUUGGCAUCAUUACCAUUAUUCGUAUCCUGCGAUUGAUUCGUGUGCUGCGGCUGUUCAAAAUGUCCAACAAGCUUGAAAAGCUACGGCUCAUGGGCAUUGCCUUGAAGCGGUCCAAGGAGGGCGUCGUGAUGCUCUUGCUGCUCGUCCUGAUGGCGCUCGUCGUAUUCUCGUCGUGCAUCUUUUACGCCGAGACCUCGGUCUGCACGGAGGACGAUGCCUCGAACCUGUAUGUGUGCGACUUUAACGGCAACCAGUACGAAACCCCGUUCCAGAACAUCCCGGCCUCGUUCUGGUGGUGCAUCACAACACUCACCACCGUUGGCUACGGCGAUGCCUAUCCCGUCACACCCGGUGGCAAGCUGGUGGGCGCGCUCACAAUGCUGUGCGGUCUACUCGUGAUUGCAUUUCCCAUCACCAUCAUCAGUGCCAAUUUGGGUGAAGUGUACGACGAGUACAAGCUGGCCAAGCAGCUUUGGGACUCUCGCGACAACAAGCUUCGCGCAGGUCUGUAUGCACUUGAGGAUGCUCCGGUCCAGGCGCUUGGGCUGAUCAACAGACCAACCAAGCUGCUGGCCAGCCCGCUGCCCCAAGACUAUCCUGACACGGUGCGGUUGGUGGUGCAGCUCACGGUCGCCACUGCGCAGCGCAUCCAAGCCAUCCGCGAGGAAAUGAACGAGCUUGAGAACACGCUGGAAGGGUUUUCGGGUAUUAUCGACUCCAUUCUGGUCACGUACCCGGAGCUUGCCAAGCAGUUCUCAGCACAAAACAUCCCCGACGUCAAGUCAAGCAAGCUGUAG